UUUCCCUUGGAAUAUAAUCCAAAAUGGCCACCGCUCAAGCCGAAAAACCGGCCACCAAAACCUUUGCCAAUGACCCCGACGACGUCUCUGACUACGACUCCGAGGAUGACUACCCCUCUGAUGAUAACACGCAAGCCCCCCAACAGCAACAGCAGCAGCGACGCCGUCGUCGUCCCCAGCGUCAGCAACCGGAAGAGGAGGAGGAUGAUACCUACCUCUCCGACGAGUACUCGGAUGACUACGAUGACUACGACGAUGAGGAUGAUGACUACUACGAUGAUGAAGAUGCAGAUGAUGAAGUCCAAGCCAUGGAGCGCUACCAGCCCACCACGAUCAGCAGCCGGGAUAACGUGCCUCAGCAGCCGAUCGCGAACGGCGGCAUGCAAACUGCAGAACAAGAGAAAACCGGGAAUGACUGGGAGGAUCAAGAUGGGAUGAAGCUGAAGUUGGAGCUGAAUUUGGACAUUGAAGUGGAGUUGAAGGCUCAUAUCCACGGUGAUCUGACCUUGUCGUUGCUCGCAUGAUCGGCAUCUUCUAUUCGAUUCCCUAGAUAUGUUCCGUCGGAUAUAUCGCCCGCCAACGAGGCUGUUAAAUUUCCGGAAGCGACAUCUUUUCGCCACCAAUGCUGUGGUGGUUGGUGGUUGGUUCCUGGCGAUC